GAAUGGUGGCGAGUGGUAAUCUCUAACAAAUAAUUCGACCCGUUUACUCUCCAUCUCUUUUAUAUCUCCAACGCCCACCCUACUUCGAUUUCUCGUCGGAAAACCCCAAAUCUCUCUUCCAAUUUUUCCUAAUUCUUCAACGAAAACACCCUAGUUUUCCGCCUUCAACGCCUCCAUGCCGGGCCUCGUCGCCCCACCCGACGCUACGCCUCUCCGGAUAGCCGUCCCUGACGAUGGCGACACCCAGAUCCGGCGCCCCGGCGAGGUUAGAUCCCCGAUGCCGAAGAAGGCUUCCACCCCGUCGCCCUCCUCGUCCUCCCGCGCGAGGCCCUCGCCGGACCGGAAGAAGCGGACCCCUGGAUCGUCGUCAGCGGAGAAGCAGCGGGCACCCACGAUGGCGGCGGCGGACGAGGCGGCGCUGGACAACCCGGAUCUGGGGCCGUUCCUGCUGAAGCUGGCGCGGGAUACGAUCGCGUCCGGGGAGGGCCCCGGGAAGGCGCUGGAGUACGCGGUGCGGGCGUCGCGGGCGUUCGAGAGGCUGGGGGAGGGGGCGGCGCUGGAGCUGGCCAUGAGCCUGCACGUAACGGCGGCGAUCUACUGCAGCCUGGGGCGAUACGAGGAGGCGGUGCCGGUGCUGGAGCGAGCGGUGGCGGCCGUGCCGGAGGCCGAACGGGGGCCGGAGCACGCGCUGGCGGCGUUCUCCGGGUACAUGCAGCUCGGGGACACGCACUCGAUGGUUGGAAGGCUGGAUCAGUCCAUCGAGUGCUACACCAAGGGGCUCCAGAUCCAGAUGGAAGCGCUCGGGGAGUCGGAUCCCAGGGUAGCCGAGACUUGCCGUUACUUGGCAGAAGCUCAUGUUCAGGCAAUGCAGUUUGACGAGGCGGAGAAGCUGUGCCGCAAGACCCUCGACAUCCACCGCGAGCACAGCCCUCCCGCCUCCCUCGAGGAGGCGGCCGACCGCCGGCUUAUGGCCCUCAUCUACGAGGCCAAGGGUGACUUUGAUGGCGCUCUCGAGCACCUUGUCCUUGCCUCCAUGGCCAUGAUCGCCAAUGGUCAGGAGACCGAGGUCGCCGCCAUUGAUGUCAGCAUCGGCAACACUUACCUGGCCCUUGGCCGCUUCGACGAGGCCGUCUUCUCUUACCAGAAGGCCCUGACAGUGUUCAAGUCCACCAAGGGCGACAACCACACGUCUGUUGCUUCGGUCUUUGUCCGCCUUGCCGACCUCUACUACAAGACGGGCAAGUUCCGGGAGUCCAAGUCCUACUGUGAGAAUGCCCUCAGGAUCUAUGCCAAACCUGUUCCAGCUACCAGUCCUGAGGAUAUUGCUGGGGGUCUGAUGGAAAUUUCGGCUAUUUAUGAAGCAAUGAACGAGCCUGAAGAGGCAUUGAAGCUGUUGCAGAAGGCAUUGAAGCAGCUGGAGGAUUCACCGGGGCAGUGGAGCACGGUUGCAGGAAUUGAAGCCCAGAUGGGGGUGAUGUACUACAUGGUUGGGAGGUAUGGAGAGUCUAGGAGCUCUUUUGAGAGUGCUGUGGCCAAGCUGAGAGCCACUGGUGAGAAAAAGUCGGCCUUCUUUGGGGUUGUGUUGAAUCAGAUGGGACUGGCAUGUGUGCAACUCUUUAAGAUUGAUGAGGCAGCCGAGCUAUUUGAGGAAGCAAGGGCAAUUUUGGAGCAGGAAUGUGGGUCGGCCCAUCCAGAUACUCUUGGGGUAUAUAGCAAUCUUGCUGCAACAUAUGAUGCCAUGGGAAGGGUGGAAGAUGCAAUUGAAAUCCUGGAAUAUGUACUUAAGGUGAGGGAGGAGAAACUUGGAACAGCAAACCCUGAUGUUGAAGAUGAGAGGAAAAGGCUCGCUGAGCUCUUAAAAGAAGCAGGCAGAGUCAGAAACAGGAAGCUGGCGUCUCUGGAAAAUCUUAUGGUUACUAAUUCGCAGAGGGUUAAGAAGGAGGGCGCAAGGAGGUGGUCAGGCUUGGGUUUCAAGACUUAAUAGAGGACCCUCGUCCUGCAGCUUGUGUAACAUAAGAAUGCAUGUGUAAAGAGUUCAGGAUAAGGAUUUGGUGGCUUCUUGCUGUUAGAGCUGCUUCCUUUUUUUUUUUUUUUUCUACUUUCUUAAAAUGUUUUCAUCUUAUCUACUGGUGGUUUACUGUGUGUAUUUGUCGUGGGAGUGAAGCUGUCUUAUUGUGGAUUCUCCUAUUAUGGUGGUGAAUAAAUAUUUACCAUUGGCCUUCUCAAGCA